CAGUGACGUCAGUGACACGGCGCUCUUUAACCGGCUGUGCGGACCGGGGAACCCGUGGAUAAAGUGGCAAGAAUGCAGCUGAAAUGGAACCAAUUUGUCACAUGUCACUUCUUCUAAACAGUCACUGGUUUUCAUUUUUUUGGAGUCCCUGUGCUCAACGAACGGUUACUAAGUGGUAUUACAUCUAAACAAGUGUUUAUAUAAUAGCUGAGGUCCCCUUCUCUCUCGGAUGCUACAUUCUGUCCUAGCAAUGGGCACUCAAAGUUGAAGGUAGAUACUUUCAUCAGGGAAUGAUGGCAGAGCCCCGACGGGUGCAGCUAGCUUGCCUUUCUCCAGCUACUACCCUGCACCCCCCUCCUUCCAAGAAACCUCGGACCAAUGAGCCUGAGUCUGAGACCCCAGUGGCUGCAACUGUCCGAAUUGCACUGUCGUUGUUUGAACCAGAUCAGAAGAGGUGCCCGGAGUUUUGUUACCCAGAACUAGUGAGGAACCUCGGUGAGAGGGGCAGUAAAGUCUCAUCAUCCGAAAAGAAAUCUGUGAAUAUUUUUGACGAUGAAGAGGCGCAGAAGAAAGAGAUUGCAAACAUUGCAAAGAAAUUUGAGGAAAAAUAUGGUAGCAAGAAGAGACGUAGGGACCGCAUGCAGGACCUGAUCGAUAUGGGCUAUGGUUAUGACGAGUCAGAUUCCUUUAUUGACAACUCUGAAGCGUAUGAUGAACUGGUGCCAGCGUCUCUGAGCACCAAAUAUGGAGGUUUUUACAUCAAUUCUGGGACCCUGCAGUUCAGGCAAGCCUCAGAAUCUGAAGAUGACGUAGUCCACGAGAAGAAGAAGUCCUCCAAGAAAAUCAAAGAAAAAGGAGAAAAACUGAAGAAGAAAAAAAGGGAAGAGGAAAAAAAGUCCAAAAAAAAUAAAUAUGCAAAAACUGGAUUCACCGCUCUCAAUGGCACUAAAGACAAGAAGAAGAAGAGUCGCCCUGCAACGAUUAACGAGAUGCUGGUGAGAUUCCAGAGAGAGAAAGAAGCCAAGAAGAAACCAGCAUCCCCCGUUGUGGCCUCCACUCUGAAAUCAGCCCCCAGUGCACCGCCACCACCUCUUCCACCUACACCGCCCCAAGAGGCUGAGCCUGCCCCAGAUCCACUGCUGUCCUGCCUGUCCGAUGCAGAGCUGCUGCAAGUAGCCACCGCCAUAGAUUCCUUGAGCGAGAAGGACCUUGACAAAAUAUUCAAUAUCCCGCCAGAUAAACCGAACAAGGGGCAGGCAGCACCGCCAACUGAAGAGGAGUUUAAAAAGCCACCAUCCAUCCCUGAUGGGCUGCCGCCUCCACUAGAGAAGCGGAUCAAAGAGCUUACUAAGGGUGUCCGGGCGUCUGGGAGUGAUAAGAAAACGAUCCUUUUUACCCAGGAGAUGAACAGCGCUCUCCUAGAUAUUUACCUCUUAUCACGAGAUCUCAGCUCCUCGCUGCGCUCCUCGGUAUUCACCCACCUGUCCUCCAUUCUCCCCUGUAGUAAGGACACACUGGUAAAAUGGGCCAGUCGCCUUCAUCUGCACAAACAGGGCGGUCGGCUUGGGGAACCCCUGCGGAAAUUGAAAGAGGCUGUGGCAAAGGCCAUGCCUGAACAAAUCAACAAGUACCACGAGGAGUGCAAAGUCCACAAUGAGGCCAAGUAUGCCAAGAUGUUGGAAGACGACAAGGAGAAGGAGCAGAAGGCGGGAUCAGAGGAGGAAGAAGAAGAGGAGAAAAGCAGCAAAAAGUCAGCCGGUCCUCGAAAGAAGUUCCAGUGGAAUGACGAGAUCAGGCAGCUGCUGUGCCAGCUGGUCCGUCUGAAGGUGGACAUGUUCGAGUCGGAGGGAAACAGCAUGCUGACUUUGGAAGAUUAUCUCAAAUCCUUCCUGGAUGUCGAGGUCAAACCCCUGUGGCCCAGAGGCUGGAUGCAGGCCCGAACCCUAUUUAAAGAGACGAGACGUGUUUAUCCACAGCUCUCCUCCAUCAUGGCCAAGAACAGAGCUCUGGUUUCACCAAAGGUCAAAACCAAGGAAACUUCUACCAAGCAUGACAAGAAAGUCAUAUCCCCCCAGUCUGAGGCCCAAGGACCCUCCGUUGUUUCUUCAUCCACCCCCACUAAGGAAUCUUCGGUUCUCACAUCCACAGUGUCCCUUUCUCAGCCAGGAGUCUCUUCCAUAUCUACUCUUAACCAGGAUAACUCUUUGGAUGAAGAUCUUAUCCAUAAUCCACCUUCAUUAGAGGGAGUGUCAGAGCACUUGACUGCUCUCUCAAAUCGAUCUGCAGGUCUUGGUUUUGACUUUCCCACCAGCAGAUCUGUCACAUCCGUAAAAAGCACUGGGAUGGAGGAAAAGAGGAAACUGUGCCUUCCUCAGUCUUCUCCAUCUGUCGCCAGCAAUACUCCACUACCAUCACGUGGGUACUCAGUUGACCAGCCUCUCCUUUUAGGACCAGAGAAAAAAUUGACAGCCUCUAGUCACAGCACCAAGAUUUCAUCCGACGUCCAACAGGGGAAGCUUAAGCAACACCAUCACCAGGGGACAAACAAGACUCCCACAAUAAUAAAUGCAUCAUUGCAGCCCUCUGUGAAACUUUAUCAAAUAAGCAACCAGCAUAGCAAAGGAAACUUCACACACCCAACCCAAGCUGCAAGCCCAAAAACUUUAGCUCCUUCACCUCCACAACGACCUGCCACACCUCAAACCAAGUCCCCUAAACCCCAAGGAUUUAACCCAACGUCCUCAUCUACAACCCUCAAACCCAUCAUAUCUCCAGUUGUUGUGGGCAAGCAUACAGGCAACAACAGCAUCUCUGGCCAGCAGAUAUAUAGACCUCCAGUGCCGAGACACCCGAUACCCCCAAAUAGUAAUUCAGGCAGCACUGGUAGUCAAACGGCCAGCUCUUCUACCACCAUCAUUCAGUCUCCUCAAACUCUUGUUCGGAAUCCCAUCACUAUUCCUAUAAAGAAGCCCACUGUCCCUCCUCAGAAGCUGACUUUGGUGGCGCCUCAAGACACCGGGGGAGGGACUCAAGGCGUCGCCAAGCUACUGACCUCUUCUAUGGUUGCUGGUGUUGGAGGAAACGCAAUGUCUCCCUCUAACAUGACUCCUACAAAAUGCAGCGCAGGACCUGCCCUUCUCACAUCAUCGCCAUCACUGACUGUGCUGACUCCAUCAUAUAAACCAAACAGUGGAAAACUGCCCACCCCAACUUCCUUGGGAAUCCUCUCCCCCAUUCACACGUUUCCGCUCCAUGUUAUAUCUUUCACAGCAGAUCCUAAGGUGUCUGCCUCUAAAGACGCUAUAGUGACUGGGCCGGCCCCAGGGACUUUUCACCACGGACUGCCUCGGAAUCUGCUGGGUGGUCUGCACUCUAAUUCCAAUCAUCAUUCCUCACCGCUCCCGCACUCCGGCCUUCCAGCACACAUACAGCCCGCACAGACAGAUGGAGCUCACAUUCACCCUAAAGGGCCAACGGUUCCUCCAAGGAAGGCUUAAGUUGUUGCACAUCAUGACCAAAACACGAUUGAGGACUUGAAGCCAAUCACUGGGGACGCGUUGCCUGUUUUAAAGUUCUUGCAUGGCACCGCACCCGUCAUUCCAAUAAAAGCACUUGUAUAUUAAACAGCUGAGGUGGGCAGACCAUUACUGAGAGUUAUGGGAGUUGCACUGCUGAUGUAGUAGCAAGCGGCCCUCCUUGCUGUGGAUUGUGACUUAAACUAUAUUGUACAGUUUUUUUUGUUCCUGAGCUGAAGAGGCAACGUUUCCGCAUGAACAUUUAUUUUUCAUGUCAAAGUGUACAGCUGCCCUGGCAGAUCAGGCACGUCUCUUCCUAACGUAACGCACUUAUUGAUGUUCUGCCUGGGAGUUUUCUACAGCUUUCUUAUUUACUGUAAUGAUUUCCUGUUUUCCCAUUGCCCUCUGAUCAGUUUUAUCAUUUUCACACACCCGCUCUGAACGAUUCCCCGCUGGUCCGCGGCUCUUUCUGACAUCCCUGCCCAUCUUUUAGAAUAUUUUUCAUCAUGCUGCUGUCUCUGAUAUUUUCCCAUUAUCCACCACUCACUCAGACAUUGUUCCCAACCACUGCUGGCUGGACAUAACCUAUUUUUUUUCUGUCACCAUACAUAAGGAAACUGGUAGGCUUUACCUGAAGUCCUUAAUGUUUGACAUUUAAACUCUGGAUGAAAUGCUUCUUCUCUUGACCGGGAGGUGAUGUGUAGACCCUCUCACUCAUCUGGCCUUUCUCAGAGACUAAGCCAACCAGCUCUGCCCAGCCAUACUUUUUUUUUUUUUCUUCUUUUUUUUUUUUUUUUUUCUUGGCGAGUUCUCCCCUUCCCAGUCAUUGUAGGGUUAGGUUGCUGCCACAUAUGCAGCCAGUCCCCAUACUUCAUACUCCUCAUUGACUUUACCCUGUCCUCUUGAUACCCUCUUUGCCGGCAUUUUCUGUUGUUCCUUAUUAAGUUUCUCCCUGUCCCCCACCCUUCCCUGAAAUUGAAACUGCCUAUUUUCACAAAGGAAAAUGUUUCUGUUAAUGAAAAUAUAUUAUUUUUGUCUUUUUCUGAGUGGCCCAAGGGUCUUAAAUGUGUGACUUUAUAUUUUGUCUUUAUACCUAAAUGAAUGUUCAGUCUGCCUGAUACUGAAAUGCAGAAACAAAAUAAUUAAGAUAAAGACUUUUUCUUAUAUCA